UCCGUUUACUCUUGGGGUGUACUUUGAUGAAAAUUUCACUUAGAUUUUCACUUUGUUUGUUGUAAUUACUUAUUCUAGUGGGGCUUUCCAAAUUUCAUUGGUGUUAUUCAAACAAUAUGCAGCAAUGGGGAUAAUAAGAAAAUGCAUUGAAAUGAUUACCCGGUGAUAAGAACAUCCUAGACAGUGCUCAGAUAACAAAGAUGUCAGCGGCUGCGGGGCAAGCAGCUUGGAAGAUAACUGGAGAGGACCGAGCUAAACAUGACUCCCAAUUCUUUCAGCUCAAACCAGUCAACGGAUUUAUCACAGGGGAGCAAGCACGGGGGUUUUUCCUUCAGUCAGGAUUACCAACAGCUGUUUUAGGCCAAAUAUGGCAACUAGCAGAUAUGAACAACGAUGGGAAAAUGGACAAAAAGGAGUUCUCCAUAGCAAUGCAUUUGAUAAAAAAGAAGUUACAAGGAUAUGAGCUCCCCAAAACACUUCCCCAAUCCCUGAAGGCGGACCCUUCACCUGCCAUGGGAUCGUUUGGGACCUUGUCAACAGCAGGACCGGCAGCCAUGAGCAUGGGAAUGCCAGUGAUGGGGAUGGCUUCAACAGCUGUAGCCCCCAGCAGCAUGGGGAUGCCAAUCAUGACCAAUGGUGUUCCCAUGAUGGGACAGCAAGGAAUGAUGGGCAUGCCAGUGGCAAGCAUGGGAAUGCCUGGUUCUAUGAUGGUCAACAAACCAAGGACUGGUUCCUUUGGUCCACCAGCACCAGGACAUGCUCCUGCACCCCAACCGGCAGGAAAUAUGGCAAUGCCACAUGCCAGCAAACUGAAGUAUACACAGGUGUUCAAUUCAAAUGAUAGACAUAAGCGAGGUCAUCUUACAGGUGUGGAGGCAAGGUCACUGCUGGUUCAGUCAGGCUUACCACAGCCAGUAUUAGCUCAAAUCUGGGCACUUGCUGAUUAUGAUAAGGAUGGGAAGCUGACCUGUGAUGAGUUCUGUGUGGCCAUGCACCUAGCUGAUGUUGCCCGCAUGGGGACCCCCCUCCCGGCAGUCCUACCCCCGGAGCUGGUCCCCAGUAAAUCACGGUCUGGGAGCUUCAGUACCCCUGCCCCGCCAACUUCUCAGGCUCCUCCUAAGGGUGAAGCAUUUGGUGACCUCCUGGGUAACAUGGGGAUGCCCCUCCCUCAGCCUGUGGCCCCUGUACCUGCUGCCACCAAUGGGGAAGACCAAGCCCAGCAGGAAGAUCAUGGCUUUACAUUUGAGGACCGUCGGAAAGAGAAUUUUGACAAAGGGCAAGCCGAGCUGGAGAGGCGACGACAGAUGUUGCAGGAACAGAUGAAGAGGGAGAAUGAAGCCAGGAUGGAGAAGGAGAGACAGGAGCAGGAAAAGAGAGAAAAAAUCAGGCAAGAACAGGAAAGGAGAAGGUUAGCAGAGAUGGAGAGACAGAUGGAGAAACAAAGACAGAUAGAAAGAGAAAGGGAGGAACAAAGACAGAAAAUGAUGGAACAAAGAGAGGCUGCAAGACGAGAAUUAGAAAGACAGAGACAGAUGGAGUGGGAGAGACAGAGAAAAGAGCAGCUGUUAUCGGAGAAAGCUCGAGAAUAUGAACAACUGGGCACCAUCAAAUCACGAGCCAGUAACCUCAAGUGUGAACUUGAGUCACAGCAAUGCAAAAAGACAGAGAUUCGACAAAAAAUAGAGCAAGUUAGAAAUGGUGUAACUGACUUUACCAAUAGCAUUGAGGGAAUGAGAAUCACGAGAGACUCGAAAAACAGUGCAAUAGACAAACUACAAAAAGAAAUCAGAGAACUUGGUGACAAAUUAGUACAACUACAGUCAGAGAGAGAGUCCCUCAACUACCGGGUACAGACCUCAAUACAGAAUAACCCACUAUCCGAUGCACACCGUACAGUAUUACAUGGAGUGGAAUUAAAAAAGACAUCACUUCAAAAACUGAAAAAGGAAUUGGAGAAUAUAGAAAGAGAAACUGAAAGUAAACUACUAGAUAUCGACAAAAACAAUGCUGAGCUAGAGGAGAUGAAAAAGAAGUUGUCAUCAGUUGAAGAUAAUAUGUCCUCUUUGAAGAAGCAACAGCAGCUGAAGCAGGAGACAAUGGCACAGCAGAAGAAGAAGCAGGAAGAGGAGCACACGGCCAAGAUACAGCAGGAGAAGGACAAACAGGAGAAGUUACGGAAAGACCUGGCAGCCCAGAGGAUCAGAGAACAGGAAGAAGAAAAAGCACGAUCCACCCCAACAUCGGAUGCUUGGGCAGCGUUCAGUAACGACACUCAGGCAUCCUCCGCUUCCAAUGAUAUCUGGUCUGCCGCCUUUGCAGAUGUUAAAACGGACACUGCUCAAGGUGGUGAUAUCUGGGGCAGUUCCGGUUCUAGUCAACAAACUGCAGUGACCUCAUCCAAGCAGAAAGGUUGUAAGUACAAGGCAUUGUAUCCAUUUGAAGCCAGAAAUCCAGACGAGUUAACUCUGAAUCCAGAGGACAUUGUUUGGGUUCCCGAGGACCAGACUGGAGCUGAGGAUGGAUGGAUGGGAGGAGAGAUAGAUGGAAGGAAGGGCUGGUUCCCUAAAGACUACGUGGAAAAACUGCCAGAGGAGCAAUCUAGUCAAUUCAAUGCUUUCGGCAGUGCUUUCAGUUCUGAGCCUGUGGCUUCAGCGUUCCCUGUGAAAGAAUCUCUGUACAACACACCAGCCGACUCCCCCACUCCUGGACAGGGAGCGACUGCCCCCGAGGGCCUUCAGGCUCAGGCCCUCUAUCCAUGGAAGGCCAAGAAAGAGAACCACUUGUCCUUUAAUAAGGGGGACAUAAUCCAUGUUAAAGAGCAGCAAGAAAUGUGGUGGUCCGGGGAUCUGAAUGGACAGACUGGUUGGUUCCCAAAGUCAUACGUCAAGAUGGUCAGUGGACCCACCUCGAAGCAAAUUUCCAGAUCUGGUACUCCUGCAGGAACAAGUUCAGCCCCUGCAGUAACCGUGGAGACCAAUGAUGCUCCAGCCAUCGUGGAACAUCCUGCAGAAGAAGAACCAUAUGUGGCGAUGUAUUCCUACACCUCAUCAGAACCUGGAGAUCUGACCUUCAACCAGGGACAGUUAAUCCAGGUCACCAAGAAAGAUGGCGAUUGGUGGACAGGUUCUAUAGGUGAAAGGUCUGGGAUAUUCCCAGCCAACUAUGUCAAGGCCGCUGAACAGCAGGCAGUUGAACCAGACUCACAACAAACUCUAGACUCUGUUAUCACUGAGCAAGGUUUUGUCCCUGUAGACGACCUAAUAUCAUCAGAUUCUUUGUCAGACCCAGGUCUGCUUAAGUCAACACAGACUCUGCCCCCAUCCCAAGCAGACACUGCACCCCCUCCCUUCCCCUCCCCUACCACUCUAGACCCCUCACUUCAAAAUGAAGCAAACCCCCAGCCCCCUGUUCUCCCUCCUGAUAAACCAAAACCGGUUGAGAAGUCAGUAACAUUUGAAGAUCCAUUUAGUGGAGAAAUUUUCUUCCCCAGUGAUAGCAUGGCUACUGAGGUAAAAGACACAUUUGGCUCCAAGGAUGCCGUAAACUCACCCUUUGGAGGUGAUCCAUUUUCAUCCGAUGCUUUUUCUGGUGAUCCUUUUGCUUCAGAGACUCCUUUCUCAAAUGAUACACCUUUUUCAGAAAAAGAGGAUCCAUUUAAUUCAAUAGAUUUCCUAUCUUCAGAAAGUUUUGGAGAAUCAUUCCAUAAGUUUAAUGUUGGUGUAAGCACACAAACUAGUGUUGACCCUAAUACAGAUAGCAACAAUGAGGUGAUGUUUGAUUUAAUGGUAGGAACUGAAAAUGAGGCCAACAUCAGCACUGAUUUAGCAAGUUUAGGUAUUGGUGUUGAUGAUACUACCGAGGUUGUGUUAAGGAAAUCUGAUACUGUCAAGUUAGAGCUGACAGAAGCAAGUUCCUCUAUAGAACUCAGCCAGUAUUUUCCAGACUUGGAAAACAAUACUCAAGAGGGUGAAGCUAGUAAAGAUGGAAUGGGAGAUGAUUUAUUUGGGAUUGAUUUUGGAAAUUCAAGUGUCGAAGAAUCCAUGAAAAAUUUCCCUGAACCAGAUAGUGCAGAAAAUGCAAACCAAGAGACUGAGAACAGCUUACAGGACAAUUUCUCAUUCUUACAAACUCUGUCAGCAUCUGCUGUAUCUACUACCCAGGGGGCCAGUCCACUGGACUUGGGUAAGGAGCUAGAUGGUGUUCAAGGCAUUGAAAAUGACAUCUCAGAAAGCAAACUAGGUGAUAAUUUUGCUUUCAUUCAAAAUCUUUCAGAAAGGUCAUUUAAACCAAAACUGGAGGAAAUCAAGCAACAUUCUGUGGGCUCCUCUGUUGGGGAUUAUGAUGACUGCUCAUUCUUGAAGACGUCUAUAGAUGAGCCAGAGAGCCAGGCUGAUAAUGAUUAUGAUGAUUUAGGCGACUACAAGAGAUCUUGUGAUCCAUCGCCCCAGUCUAUUAAGGAAACAGAUAUUGGGGAUCAGGGCGAAUAUGAUAAUUUAGAUGACAUUAAAAGAUCUCGCAAUCUGUCGCCUCAACCAGAAAAGGAGGCUGUUAUUGAGGAUCAGGGUGAUUAUGAUAACUUAGAUGAUAUCUUAAGAUCCUGCAAUCAGUCACCUCAAUCUGAAAAGGAUUUUACGACUGAAUCACAUGCCACUUAUGAUGAUUUAGAUGGAUAUAUCCGGAACUCCGAAACACCAGAAGAGGUGAUAUUAGAAUGUCCGGAUCAGUAUGAUGAUUUUGAUUUUGUCAAACCGGUGAAAGACGUUGAGAAGAUCAAAAGCACAGAUUUUGAAUCAGGUGUAAUUAGAGAUGAAAGCUAUGAUGAUAUCUUGAAUUUUCCUUCUGAAUCAAGAGCUGUAGAGAAAAUGGAGGGAAAUGUAGUAAGAGAGGAUGAAUACAAUGAUUGUUCUUUUCUAGAAUCAGAGGAAACUGGUACAACCGAGGAUGGAGAAAUUAUUCAAGAUAAUUCCUAUGUAGACAUUAUUGAAUACGAUAAAAUUGAAAAACCUGCUGGUAAAAAUAAGAAAGAAAAAUCGGCUAGUAAAAAGAAGAAAGAGAAACCUGCUAGUAAAGAUAAGAAAGAAAAAUCUGCUAGCAAAAAUGAUAAAGAAAAACCUGUAAGUAAAAACAAGAAAGAAAAAGCCGACAGUAAGGAUCAGAAAGAAAAACCAAAAGACAUUAAAAAUCCAAAAGAAAAGGAAAAAGGUUUCAAAAGUUUCAGUUUCCUUCCAGGUUUUUCAAAAAAAGCACGGGCGAAUUCCCAACCCACAAAUCCCCCACUUACAAAUCCCCCGCCCACAAUACCUCAACCUGCAAUUCCUUCAUCAAAUUUCCCAGCCAAUUCCCCACCCCAGAUUCCUCCUCCUGCGUUGCCUGUACAGUCGUCAGGGUCAUUUGAUGAUGAUGAAGAUGAUACUUAUGAACCAAUAGAAAAAUUUCGUUCUCUGAUAACGGGGUCUAGUAAUGAUUUAGGAGAGGCCACACCUAGUCCGACCCCUGCCACACAGAUAGCUGCCCCACAACCCCAGCCAGUCGUUGCCCCUCAUCCCCAACCAGUUUCUGCCCCACAACCCCAGCCAGCGGCCAAUCAACCAGCACUAACCCAGCAGAAGGCUGGAACCAGCUCUACCCUAAAAAAACCAGAAAUAGCUUCUGUUAUUGCGGCAUACACUGCCACGGGGGCAGAGCAACUGUCACUCAACCCAGGUCAGCUGAUACAAGUCCGGAAGAAGAGCCCCAGUGGAUGGUGGGAGGGGGAACUCCAGGCUCGUGGUCAGAAAAAGAAGAUUGGAUGGUUCCCAGCUAACUACGUGAAGAUUCUUGGUGGUGGAUCUAGUGCUAGGUCCACCCCUGACAGCUCCUCCCAGAACAACUCCCCCGCAAGCACAUUACACCGGACUGCCACACCAACCAUUCCAGCUCCCCAGCCCCAGAAAUCUGCCAUUGUGGAGAGUAAAUAUGUGGAUCAAGUGAUUGCUUUGUAUCCGUACUCGGCUCAGAACGAGGACGAGUUGACAUUCCACAAGGACUCAGUGAUCAACGUGAUGAGUAAAGACGAUGCCGACUGGUGGCAGGGGGAAGUGAACGGGACAGUCGGAAUGUUCCCCUCCAACUACGUGGGGGCUCUUACAUCUCCUCCCCAGGAAAAUACAUGGUCCAGUGACCCGGCGGUGCUUGCCCAGACCUCGUCCGUGGAGAGCAAGAGACAGAACUACAUCCACGAGCUCAUCAACACGGAGGAGACGUACAUGGCAGACAUGUCUAUAGUACUAGACGCAUUUUACGAACCAAUGGCCAAUUCAAAGGUCAUGACCCAGGAGGAACUUGACAUGAUAUUUGUGAACUGGAAGGAGCUGAUUCUGUGCAAUACAAAACUUCUCAAGUCAGUGAGAGUCAGAAAGAAAAUGUGUGGCAAGGGCCAGGUCAUCCAAAUCAUUGGUGACGUCCUGUGUGAAAAUAUACCCCACAUGACCCCUUACAUCAGGUUCUGUAGUUGUCAGUUGAAUGCUGCCGCAUUGAUUCAGAGAUACACAGAGAACAGUUCCGAAUUUAAAGAAAUCCAAAAGAAAUGUGUUCAAAAUCCCAAAACCAAGGGUAUGCCGCUAAGCAGCUUCUUGCUAAAACCCAUGCAGAGAAUCACCAAGUACCCACUGAUGAUUCAGAAAAUUCUACAAUACACCCCAGAAACACACCCUGACCGCCAGAAUCUAGAGGAUGCCCUCGCCAAGGCUGAGGAACUGUGUAGUCAGGUGAAUGAGGGGGUGAGGGAGAGGGAGAACUGUGACAAACUGGAGUGGAUGCAGAACCAUGUCCAGUGUGAGGGGCUACAGGAGAGAUUGAUAUUUAACUCAGUGACUAAUUGUCUAGGUCCCAGAAAACUACUUUACCAUGGCACAAUGUAUAAGGCCAAAGGUCACAAGGAGUUGGUUGGCUUCCUCUUCAAUGACUUCUUACUUCUGGCCACGCCCCUCAGUAGUGCUACCUCAAACUCCCUGUUUGAUGCCAAAACUAAGGCUCAGUACAGGAUGUAUAAAAGUCCCAUAUUCCUGAAUGAGGUGAUGGUGCGUCGGUUAGGGGAGGACGACAAUGACUGUCUGUUUCAGGUGUCCCAUGUGGACCGAGUCUACAACUUAAAGGCCCCUAAUCUCACUGAAAGAGAGUCCUGGGUUAGGCAUAUUGAUGCAGCUUCCAAGCUUUUCCUUGACACAGAGAAACAGAAGAGAGAAAAGCUGUAUAAUUUGGGACAGAAAUCUCACAUGAUGGGUAGGCUUUUGGUGAUAAUCCAGGAGGGGAUAAAUCUUGCCCCCACUGCUGAUGGAAAAAGUGAUCCGUACUGUGAAGUGAGCAUGGGGGUCCAGGAACACAAAACCAAGGUCAUCCAAGCGACCUUGAACCCGAGAUGGAAUGCGUCCAUGCAGUUCACAAUCAAGGACCUGGAACAGGAUGUUCUGUGUAUCACGGUGUUUGACCGAGACCUGUUUUCACCUAACGACUUUCUUGGACGUACAGAAAUGAGAGUAAACGACAUCUUGACAGAGUCUCGGACACGGAAAGGACCAAUCACAAAACGCCUUUUAUUGCACGAGGUGUCGUCAGGGGAAGUAGUCGUCAAACUCGACCUGCAACUCUAUGACAAUUACACGUGACAAGAAAUGAAGUCAUAAGUUUAACAUCGCUUGCCAAUCAGUGUAGAAUUUAAACUCAAAUUCAAGAAAUUAUUCCAGAUUGAAAAAACGGUUGCUGAGCAAUCUUUUAGAAUUUCGUUAAAACUUGGGAAUUUGCCUGCAAGUUUCAAACUAAUGUCAGAAAUCCUUUCAUUGUUUAAGAAAAACAUGGAUACAUGUAUAUUUACAAUUAAUUGUAAAUUCUUUGUCAAUUCUUUUUUACAAAUGAGAUACUGAAAUGAGUUAUAUAAUUUUUCUAAAAAGAAAAAUAACAAAGUACUAACUGAAUUUGGUGAGAAAUGAUAAAUCCCUGCAUUUGUGUUGUGGUGUUACUUUUAUAUGAGGACUCUCUCCCACAUUUAUUUUGUUUUUAUAUAUACUGACCUUUUUUUACACAAUAUUUUUUGCAUAAUGUUUAACCGCAUUUAUUAAAUGAACAGAUAUUUAUUGUACAUUUUUCAAGUCAAGUGAUGAAUUCUUUCUUACAAAGACAUCUGUACAAGUUAUAGUGCAAUAUGUGAUCGUUAUAUUAACUUUUAAUCAAAGUAUAUUAGGUAGUACUAGUAGAAAUUCGUGGUUCAUUUUACAGGACAGCCAGACCAGUCUUACAUCACAUUGUUGACUCUGCCAGUUUUGAGUGAUGUUUGUUUAACAUAUGUUGAGAAUGGUUUUAAUAAAUAUAAUAUGGUAAUUAA